GCUCCGCCGGACGUGCACGAGGACGGCGACAGCCGUGAUUCGGAGCGGCUGCACCACCACCAGCAGGGCGCCCACCCAGGUGAGGACCAGGGAGCGCAGGGGGGCGGCGAGGGAGCCGCCGGCGGCCAGCCGGCGCAGCAGCCGCAGCAGAAGAAGCGCAAGCGGCGAGUGCUGUUCAGCAAGGCGCAGACGUACGAGCUGGAGCGCCGCUUCCGCCAGCAGCGCUACCUGUCUGCGCCCGAGCGCGAGCACCUCGCCUCCAUCAUCCGCCUGACGCCCACGCAGGUCAAGAUCUGGUUCCAGAACCACCGCUACAAGACCAAGCGCGCCCAGCAGGAGAAGGGCCAGCAAGGUGUGUACACUGCCUGCCCGCUCCCGUCGCCGCGGCGGGUGGCGGUGCCGGUGCUGGUGCGCGACGGCAAGCCGUGCGUGGGCGGCGGGGGCGGCGGUGCCGCGGGGGCGGCGGCCAAGGCCGUGGGCGGCCCCCAGGAGCUACCGCCGCAGUACGCGCCGCUGCUGCAGCCACCGCCGCCCCACCGCGCCUGGUGGUGAGCCCUCUGACGCAGACGUCGACGCCGCGGCCGCUUCGUGCCAGCAGUACAAAGCACCCUCCACCGCCGCACACAGCCGCUGCCUAGUGAACGGAACAACUCUACGCAUCAGUGACCCACGCCCUGACCGGGAUGGACGCUAGAGCUCUGUUGAACUGCCACGAGGCCAUUCACUCCUUCCGUACCACAAGACUGCCACGCUCCACCGCGCAGAAAACCUGUAUUUCCACGACACCUGGCACCUCAUUUCUUCAGCCUUCCGUACGACCUAAGCUCCCCAUCGAAGAAGCCAACCUCAUGUGGGCGAAAAUCGAUCACCGUCACAUAUCUAGUCUCCUUUUUUGAUUUGCUACGGAACCGUUCUCUCAUACUCUACUGCAUACCAACAUGGAUUUCCACAUCUGUCGCGUCAUUUUCAGCGAUCCGAUAGAACUGCACCUUCUCAGUAGCAUAAGAGAACGCCAGAUGCUAAGUUGACAUUCAUAUCUUGCUGCAGUGGUGUUCAGAACCGUUCGUGUUCAAUGACGAAUUUUAAGAAGACACGAGGUAUCGUUUACGUUACGAUGGAGCUAUGCCGUGUCAUAAGUGGCAUUUCAUUACGAGUCAGCAGAACUGCCAUACAUAAACCUCGUUUGUUGAAAAAAAAAAAAAAAAAGAACAUCGGCUUAAAAGAAGCAAUGGAUCACAGUAAUGAUCAGUGGAAAAUAAAAUCUUAACAAAGUUGCCUGCUUGCCUGAUGGAAGGUGGUGAAAGCGCUUUUUCUGGGCAUGAAUGGUCUCAGUUUCAUAACGUCAUGAGUUCAGCCUUCCGAAAGAACUUCUGGUACACUAGUCUCAAUACCGUCUGCGAACAAAAAGUGCCUGAUUCCAUCUAAAAAAUUUGCAUGCUUUCAUCGGAUUUAUCUUUCCUUGGUCAAAAAUUUGAAAAAAGAAAACAAAGAAGGAUACAUAUGGUAGUUUGUAAAGUGAUGAAGCAAAGCCAAUGUGAUUGGAGACUUUUAAUUAAGACAGAAAUUUCGGUGUAUAAUUUUCGAAUGCUGACAGAGAAAAGAAAUAUCGGCUUACAAGAAAAGAGUUGACUGUAAUAAUGAGCAAUGCAGCAAACAGGUGCAGGGAUCCAAGAAAUGAGGGGCGCGGGAAAAAAUUCUACUCCCUUUAGAUGUGCUUCUUGAUUGACCUACUCAGCUGAAAGAUGGUGAAAGCUCUGUGGUUCUGAACAGGCACGAAUAACUUUCCAAUUUCCUAAAACAAAAUUAAGCACUUCAAAAAUACCCCGAAGUCCGGAGAUUCAUUCUACAGAUGUGCUACUCAACCUUACCGUACGAAAUGGUGGAAACAAUACCUCAUUCGUGGACUGGAAUGGUCUCGUAUCUUUCAAAAAUUCAGCAGAAUCCAGCGACGAACAACUGAAAACGAUGAAAACUGUAGUGUGGUCUCAAGAAACAGCUGAUGUGAAUUAAUGAUUUGCCUUCGGAGAUACUGCUUGACUUAUUUAACUGAUUAAAAUACGGCAAAAAUGUCAUAUUUUCUUACAGGAAGAAUUUUCGAGCUCGAUAGAGUAAAAUUAAUUCGACGACUUUAUAAAGACCAGAGAAGCAUUGUAGAUAUGUGCUACUCAGUCAUGCUGGACGGAGUGGUGGAAACAGUACGUAAUUCGUGGACUGGAAUGGUCUCGUACCUUUCAAUAGUUCAACAACAUGCAGUAACCAACAAUGGGAAACAAUGAAAACGUUAGCACGAUUCCAAGCAGCAACAGGUAGGGAAGACCUCUGCUGUGUUUAGAAAUAUUGCUUUUAUUCAUGCGUCUGAAAGAAAAUCCUGUAUUUCGCUUCAGGACUGAUUCAGGAGACACUUACCGACUGUACGGUGGAAAUACUGCGCCAUUCGUGCGCUGGAAUGGUCUCGUGGCUAACGAUAAACAGAAAGCUGUAAUCUAAAGAAAGCUUUAACAGACUCCACUUAUUUUCAUGGUUGUGGAAAAUGGUUCUACUUACGCCCUUUCCAAGGUCAGAUCGUCAUUCAUUCAGCAGGCCAGCACGGUUUUGAAGCGGCCAACACGUCGAGUGCAGAGACAAAAAGCGAGGAUGAGGAAGUGAAGGAGAUAAAGAAGAGCCGAGUUCAAAAACUGCCAGCAGGUGGGAGCGAGGACUUCACCGGCUGUGGAUCUCAGAGGAACCGCCCCAGAUCUCAAGUCAAGUUCGUCUUAGUCACACGUGCAGAGUUCCCCUGAUCGUGUGAACGUGUAUAUUCGUGUGUGUAUGAGAGCGUGUGUGACUGUGUGCGCCGUGGUAACUCGUUCGUCUCGCGUGCCGUUCGUCCCACGGGCUGGACAAUGGCGCGAUGUGCCCCUGUGUUAUGUGAGGGUGUAAAUAUUUUGCGUGAAUGUUUGUGUCGUGCUUCGUCUGUUUGUUGUGGGGCGAAGCGAAGCUAGUCCCCCAUCACUUAACUUUGUGUGUGUUCCAAUUGUUCGUCCUGAGAGGACAACAAUUAUGCCCAGUUUAUACUUAUACAUAUGUAUUAUUAUACAAACGAUGCGCCACUACCAAGGUACCGCAGUAACAAUGUAUGUUUUAGUACAUUUGUUCGUCCCGGAUGCUGGACAACAAUGACGUAGGUUUGUCCUAUAUUGUAACGAAGCCUGGUUUUGGUUUUGUUUACUGGCAGUUUUGGGGUUUAAGAUUUCUUUAAUUUUUCUUGCCUUCUCUCUCUCUCUCUCUCUCUCUCUCUCUCUUUCUUUCCUUCUUUCUUUCACACGUGAGCGGUGGUCGUCUUUGCGAUGGGACACUACGCGCUUUAAUCUUCAUUUUUAUUUUUCUUGUUAUUGUUCUUUUUAAUAUUUUUUGUUUUUCUUAUCAUUUUUAUACGGCACACUGUUCGGCGUGCGAAUAGUCAAUAGUGUGCAACAAAUGUUUUUUUAUUAAUUUUUACUGUUUUGUACUGUAUUUGUUCGAUUCGAAUGUGAUCAACAAAUCUAUAUACAUAUAUAUAAUAUAUAUUUCUUUCGUUUUAACAUAGACGGUUUUCUGUCUUUACUUUCAGUAUUUUAUUUCUCACCGGUAUAAAUUGUUCUUCACCAUCAUUAGUGACGAAGGUGGGUACGGAGUGAGCAAGGAAUGGAUUCACUUGUCCCUAACCCGCUCCCCAAAGCAUUUUGCAGAAAUGUUGGAAUUAAGCGUUUGUCAUUGUCUGAGUUGUCAUUACAGGGCGAAAAGAUAAUUACCAAUGCAUACAGUUGUCUACACAAACUACACAUAAAAAUAGAGUGGAAGGUGUCAUGAAAUGUAACACACUUUUCACAAAACGGUCAAAGUAUAACGAAACAACAUUUAGUAAAAUGAAAAACUUACACUCCAUUUUAAGUAAUGAUGCAUUGGAAUGACCAGGUUUCGGAACCUUCAUUACCAUUCUCUCAGCAUAAUAGCUGAUUAGUUGAUGUCCUUCAUCGUUAACUCGCAAGUAGUGGACCAAACGACUCACUGCGUCUUUAGCUCUGCAACUGUUGGACACAUUAUCUUUUUGCUGUGCAAAAUUUUCCACGUCCUCUUGGAUGAUUAUGUAACGUUAUUACAAUAUUUUUACAUUGGGCAUAAUCAACAUAUGAUUUUACCAUUUCAUAUUACCACAUACGAUCUCUUCUGCUUGGUCAGACUGAUUGACUCUGCACUGCCUGGUAGAAACAUGAUGACCACCGGAUUAUUGGCCAAUGGUCAACACACAUCUGGUACAUAGAAUUUUUGAGGAACUACUGGCAGCACACAAAAUUUCAUUAAAACAAGUUUCGAAUUCGUAUAAAAUCAGAGAGGGAUUGGUGUAUGUGAGUAACCUCAUGUCACAAGGUGGGGCACUUGUUGGAGGGCCAUUUUCAUUCUCUCCUCCUUUUUUCUGACACUCGGAGAAUGGGUUAUUUUUGAUACCUAUCAGAUAUAGGUAAGUGGGAAGGAGUUCACGCUUCCAUACCAACAAAUUACUGCUCGCCUGAAAUUUUCGAAACCAGUGGGUUUCUAAUGGCGGGAUGGACUCUUUAGUUCCACUCUCUUUUCUGCCAAAAUAAGGCCAAACGGUGUGUAAUGUGAAUUUUUAGAUACGCUACACACUGCUAAAAUCGACGUUUGUUUGGCCCCUAGGCUGCCUCUUCUCCC